ACUUUGAGGUGGAGAUUGUGGAGUAGAUUGUUCAACUUUUUGUGUUUCCUGUUUAUUAGAAGAUGAUGUCGUGUCUGAUUGAUUCUCAGCUUUAGUAUAAGAUCAUUGGUCAUCUAGAGCUUCAAGUAGCCUAUCACAUCAUGCUUAUUUGUUUUUCUCUAUAAAAUUAAUGUUCCUAGUAGGAUCUGGUACAUGAGAACACACAUAAUUUUGUAAGUUUUAACAAAAUGUAUAAUUCAUUGGUUCAAACUUUUUAUAGAAUGAUCGAUCGAAUAUUGUAUUUCUACUACAUUAAACGUGAUAAAACGUAUAUAAUUCUGUCAAUAUGCUUAGACGCAGGAUAGUUUACGCUCACUAAUAACUACAUAAUCUAUCAGCGAAUUGCCUCUCUAUACUUAUUCUUACCUGAAAAUUUUUUUCUCAUCUGCAUGAAUAAAAACUGAGUCCACCAAAUACUGAUAACCAUGUAUUUCUAUAUAUGAAAUAUCUCAACUAUUUUUAAAUUGUAUCUCGUUUUUCCAGCGUGACAUAGAUAUAGAUAGAUAUUCUAAUUCAUAAAAACAAACCUUUUUAUGAACUCAUUCUCUUAAUUCCAAGAUCAUAAACCGAAAUAUGACUGAAUGAUCGUUUUUUAUUAAUCAUAGAUAGAUCACCGAUAGACACUUCGCGUGGUAACAAAUCAAGCGAGGAACAAUCAUCACCCGCAUUCUCUGUCGACGCUCGAACACCAUCUGAACCAGAGCAAACAUCUGUUCGACAAUCGCUGUCUCAAACUCCGACUGAUGACAAAGAGCAAUUGUCAUCCACUAAAGUUGAGAAUCAAUCAGACAAGACACCACCCUCUAAUAAACAGGAAACACAAAACGUUGAACAAUCUACUCCACAGUCUCCACCUCAAAGUCCGACUGAUGACAAAGAGCAAUCGUUGUCUACUAAAGCUGAGAAUCAAUCAGACACGACAUCAUCUUCUAAUAAACAGGAAACACAAAAAGUUGAACAAUCUACUCCACAAUCUCCACCUCAAAGUCCGACUGAUGACAAAGAGCAAUUUUUGUCUACUAAAGCUGAGAAUCAAUCAGACACGACAUCAUCUUCUAAUAAACAGGAAACACAACAAGUUGAACGAUCUGCUCCACAAUCUCCUAACGAGGAGAAUCGAUUAAAGACUAUUAUCGAUAAUGCGACUUUGAUAAGAGAAGAGAAGCAACAAUAUCCAUCAGCCAUCAGCUCUGGUCAACAAUCAAACACUUCUGAACAAGCAGACAGCGAAAAAGUGUCUGACAGUCCCAAAGAAAUUCCAUUGAUUAGUGAUGACAGCAGAAAAAGUUUAACAGAACCGGCAACUUUAAGUUCUCCGAUUGUCGAGAAUGAAAUUGCCAUCAACAAACAAGAAGACAAAAAGCCGUUAGGAGAUGAGACCAUAAAAUCCCAAGAUACAAGUUCGAUGGACAAAAAGGAAAGCGACAAUAAAUCAGAAGCAGAUUUACGGACGACAUCUGCUUCAUUCGAUACAAAAAGACAAAGCGACGAACAACUGAACACGUCAAAUAUCAAUGAGGAGAAAAAUUUCUCCUCAUCCGCAGACUUUGGUCAUCAAGUGACAUCAAUUAUUGAUCACAGCGAAAGGCUGAGUGCUUCAGAUCACUUUCCACAUGAACUGACUCAAUCAGAAUCAAAUGAGGAUCAAUCGGGUUCAAGCGGAUACCAACGAGAAGAAAAACACGAUAUUGAAGAAGCAUCGCCUAAACAUUCAUCAGCACUAGAAGAUUCUAUGGAGGAUGUGUCAAAAUCAUCGUUGGACGCAGCUCAAACAGCGCCGUAUAUUGGUGAACUUCACCAUUCAACCUCUAGUGAAAAUAAUAGUCAACAACAAGAAAUUGAUAAAUUAUCAGAUAUUGUAUCAAAUAAAAAUCAACAAACUGUUGAAAAAGAAUUAUCACAACCAUUGGUUGAACAUCAACUUUCGGAACAUCUGGAAGAAGAAUCAAAAGUAGCCGAUGAAGAAGAAUUGAAUCUUACAUUAGAAGCAAUUCAAAGGAUGUUUCAGGAUUUAGCCAAUGAUGAAAAUGUCAUUGUAAUAGAUGAUGAAUUACCCGAAAAAGUACUAUCCGCUUUAGGAGUAAAAGAUGAUCUUUUACAAACGUUGUUCGAGGGUGUUUUUAGAAAAUAUAUCGUACAAGCAGCUUCGGACGGAGCUCGUGAAGAUACGUUAAAGUGGAAUGAAUUUCGAGAUAUUUUAUUUCCAAUUUUAACGGGACAUUAUUCAGAUAGACAUGUAAGAAAAUUAUUUGAACUGUUUGAUACUAGUAACGAUGGAUAUUUGUCAAAAGAAGAAAUUGAAGAACUGUUGCAGUUAAUACAGGUGGAUGAUGCAAAUUCCACAGCAGACAAUAUAAUACAGGAAUUUGAUACAGACAAUGAUGGACGUUUGAGUGCAGACGAAUUAAUAUUAGCAAUAAAAGAAAUAAAUGAUACUAAAGACAAGUAUUUGUCUGACGAUAUCCAAAACGAAUUGUGGUGGAAUGCAUUUCAUGACGAUGAUGAAGAAGAAAAUCAGACUGAAGAAAUUUCAGUUAAUGUACCAGUGCCACAUAGUAAUGAUCAACAACAGGAGUUAUCAUCAUCAGAUGAUCUUUCCGAGAAAAAUAAAUCUCUUAAAUAG